UUCGUCUACAUCCAAAUCCGUCGCCUCCACCCGCCAUGCCGCCGCCGCCGGUGCUGCCGGACGUGCUCCUCGAUGAGAUCCUCCUUCGCCUUCCCCCGGAUGACCCCGGGUGCCUCUUCCGCGCCUCCCUCGUCUGCAAACCCUGGCGCAGCCGCCUCACCAGCUCCGCCUUCUCCCUCCUCUACCGCCAGUUCCACGGGACGCCACCCUUGCUCGGCUUCUUCGAGAACGACGAAAUGGUAUUCUUCUGGUUCACUGCAUUGUCCCGCACAUCCCCCUUCCCCUCGGCCCAUCCUAGCCACUGCGAUCUCGUCGUGCUCGACUCCCGCCACGGCCUCGUCCUCCUAAGUAAGCUUGGCUCCAGCGGCGAACCCCUCAGCCUCCUCGUAUGGGAUCCCGUCGGUGGUUGCAAUUGGGAUUUUCCCUAUCCCGAGUUCGCAGAGUGGGCAUCUGUCCUAGAUAGCGCGGCCGUGCUCUGCGCCGCCGACGGCUGCAAUCAUGUCGAUUGCCAUGGCGGCCCAUUCAAGGUGGUGUAUGUAGGCACCAAUGAGGAUGAUGGCAUUGCCCGUGCCUGCGUCUACUCUUCAGAUGUUUGUGCUUGGAGCCCACUCACCUCUUGUGAGCACCCUGAAUUUCCACUUGAAGUCGUUGGCACUGCGCCCAAAGCCCUUGUGGGAAAUGCACUCUACUUCUCAUGUGAACCCUCCACGAUAAUACUACAAUACAAUUUAACCACCCAGGAAUUAGCUACGGUUACCCGGCCACAGAUGUACGAUUGGCUGCAUGAUAAGUAUAUUCUUAUAGCAAUGGAGGAUGGCGUGUUGGGAUGCGCCAGUUUGCAGAAGUCCAGGCUCGACUUAUGGUCAGGGGAGGCUAGUAACGAUGGAUCCCUAACAUGGGCGUUGCGCAGAGUCGUCGAAAUUGAGAGCGAGCUACUCUCUUAUUCGACGACCGUCAUUAACUUCGCGGAUGCAGCUGGUGUAUUUUUUGCAAGCUCUCAGUGUGGUGUCUUCACCAUCGAGCUUAAGUCAGGCAGAGUCAAGAAGGUAUCAGGCAACAGAGACCAUGUCAUUCCGUACACAAGUUUCUACACCCCAGAUAAAACUGGGGGCAUAACGCCACUAUCAACCUUGACUUCCUUGGAGGAGAAUGUUCAGCCGACCCGAGAUGGACAGAAUGAUUUGAUGUUGUGGCACACAAGUGGGGAUGAGAGCGAGGAGGACGAAUGGGAACAAGAGCAAGAUAAUAGUGCACAGGAGUUAUUCAACAAGGGGUCCAUGGCCAUCGAGAAGGGGCAAUUUGUCGAUGCAAAGGACCACUUCUGCAAAGUCCUUGAGACCAGGGUGUUACUUUAUGGGAGACUUUCUCCAAAGUGUCUUAGCACAUAGUUUAAAUAUGGAUGUGCUUUGCUAUACGCUCAACCCCUGAGUGCACCAAAACAAGACUUGUUGAAGGAUAUAACCAACAAACAUGAUACUAAAAAAGAUUUGGAUCUGGCUUGGAAAAUGUUGCUUAUUGCGAAGGCUAUACUUGUGAAUACUCCUUGCUGCCCUCUGGAGAAACUUGAAAUUUUUUCUACUCUUGCUGAAGUCUCUAUGGAAAGAGAAGACAUUGACUACUCACUCAGUGUGUGGUUUAAAGCUUUAGCUAUCUUGGAGCAUUUGGUUGAGCCUGAUGAUAUUCAAAUCAUCUUAUUAAACCUCCGCAUAUUUUGGGCUUUUGAGUCAUCAUCCAAGAUUAAAGAUGCGAUCCCAUACUGUGAAAAGGCUACUGCAUUGUGCAAGUCGCGUAUACAGAACCUGAAAAAGGCCAAGGAAGCUUUGUUCGCUGAUAAAGGUGCUAAUGCAUCUGCUGCAGAAGUUGGCUUAGUAAAAUCCUGUCCAGAUAAGCGGAUAAAGUAUCUUACUCCCUCAUUGACUAUUCUAGGGAAGCAGCUUGAACACCUGGAACAAGCAGUGUCAAUCUGGAUCUCAAAGGCAAGUGAUCAGCAGAAAAGUUGGCGCUGAUGCCCCGAGAGUUAUAUCUUCCACUUCUUCACAAAUUGCUGGACCAAGGAAUGCAAAGUUUAUAACAGAAAGUGGAAGUGCUGGUUGUCCUUGAGCUGACAAUGGCGCUGCAGGCAGAGGCAUUAAGUGAGCUAGUGCCAAAGAGAUCUCUGCUGAACCUUGUCCCAAUAUCUCGCAGAAGGUUCUUCAUCCGUAAAAGGUUAAAGCAUAAGCAGCAGCUAUGAUGUUCAUCUCACAUGUCGUUCACAAGCUACAUCAACGCCAGUCAUCCCGGUGGAAAACUUGGUUCUUUCUGGAAAAGAUUUCAGUGAUAGGUGCAUCUCGCCAUCCUUCCUAAAUAAGAUCGCAGAAGCAGAUCUCCCCAUUUUAUAGGUCGAUCGCAAGGGUGGAGGUGCAUUGUGGUGAAACGGUCUCAUUCUGGAUGGGUAACUGGUCAACCUGUUAGAGUGACAUGCUCUGCGUUCGCACAGCCUACGCCCCCAAUUCGUUAAUUGCCAAAGUUUUGAGAGAUGGACUCAAAAGCCCAAAAUAUGUGGCCAUAUCUCAAAACAGCCUACGCCCUGUCUCUCAUGUGUCACUGAUGCUGAAGUGGCCGAGGUGCAAGGAGAUCAUUGGCAGGGUUGACAUGGAUCAGGAGGAGGUCACCCCGCAUAUAAAGUCAUUUCCCUACAUGGUGUCAGUGAUCAAUCGGCUGAGUCCGUGUGUUGCUCGCGUCUGUCAACGUAACUGAAGAACUUUGAGCUCCUUAUGGCUAAUGGUAAGCCUGCUCUCCAUCACCGGACUGUGAGAGGUGCUCUGCUGCUGAAACUCCACUUGUUCACGGACUGUCCUUUUGUUGGUUGGAUCCGGCUGACAGCCGCCUUCCCUCUCGAUAAAGCUGUGAGAUUGUUUCUUGCUGUUAAACUGCCAGAAAAAGUCUCUUCUGAGGCUUGGUCUGAUGUCCUUAUUACGCUCAUUUGGCACAUAUGGAAAGCAAGUAACGCGGUGAUCUUCCAAGCACACCAGCUGACAACGGCUGAGAUCUUCAGUAGAUGUGCUGAUGUUACUAUCUUGCAGAACCAACUCACCUUCCAGACCGAUGAAAAAAAGAUUUCAUCCCACAUCAUAUGAAUAGGAUGGUGAGGAUUCCACUUGGAAGUAUGCUACACGCCUAGCCCCUGCUAGUAACUUCAUGGAAAUCUGUUUGCUGAAUAUUUGGUCCUGUUUUGCUUAAUGCGAAAGUGCAGCAUGCCCGUUAUGUCCAACAUUCGAAAUAUUUUUUUGAUAGAAUAUCUACACUUUAUUGAUGAAGCAACAAUCAGUACAAAGUACUUCUCGGAUAGAAUCUGGGAUGACAGCAAGAGAGAUUACAUAAAUUUGGCUCACUACUCCGAACUAAGGUAUGUGCCACAACAUUCAUAUGACAACCGUAAUGCUUGAAUGAACAAGUGGUGAACUCCACAGCAAAGCUUUUUGAUAUCACUUACCACCGCUCCCACUUCAAAACGAUCCCUGUCCUCGGAAAGAAUAUGCUGAAUCAUCGAUAAGCAAUCUGAGACCAAAACGAUGUUUAAGAUCUAUGGCGGGCGCUGAUGGUAUCAAGAGACCAUUCCAAAUAAUUUAUCCCCCUCUCAAUCUUUGAUGAUUAGUCCAUACAAGCUUGUUUGCGAGUUUCCUUGCAGUUGGAAGUGACCGCUGUCUGUAGUCCUCUCUUGUUGUGUCCGCAGCUGAGUAAGGCUAUCUUGGCAUUUUAAUCGUUAUUAUUGUGCUACUUUAGUCUGUAGCGUGCAAUGAAUACUUCUAUAUUUUGCAUGCUUCGCUGUGCAAGUUGAGGCACGAAGGGAGGUGAUGAAAAAGGGUAGAGCCAGUGAGCCAGGUGUGGCUGUGAGGUGUGGACUAGUGUCACACCAGCACGCAGAAAAACAAAAUCGAUUGUGUAUAUGUUGAUUUUUGUGCUGCACAGUGCCUAUGGCUAUAUGAUCAUAUGCUUGUUUGAAAUUAUACGUGCAAGGUGUACUUUGAACACAUUUUGCUUUUGGAGUUGUACAUGUACGUGGACGUGUUGGCGCGGCGUGGGUUGAUAUUGAUGUUCUCAAAACUUAACACUAAUGUUGUUUUGAAAUAUGUGUCCACGGGCAGAAGCGAAGAUUAUAUAUCAUAAUAUAUUCAGAUUCGUUCAUGCCAUGCUCGUGGGCUGGUAUGUCCACGGGCAGAAGCGAAGAUUAUAUGUCAUAAUGUAUUCAGAUUCGUUACACAAUCCAUGGGAUCACUUAUCCUAAAUAAGAUACAAUAGAGGGUACAUUGCAUCUAGUCUAUGGCAGGACUACGCUGAUGAUAUUUUUUUGAGAAAUAAAUACGAUAGAGGGAAGAUUUCAUUUAGAGGGUAUAUUUUUCAUAGUCAUAGUCAGAAGUAGAUUAUAAAGUACAGUGAUGGUGCAAGAGUUUUCUUGUUGAUUCAUUCAUUGUGCGUCAGUGAUUGACAUCGGUUUCAUUUGUCAAUAGCACCAGUGAAACACCAAAGUGUGCAGCCCGCGUAGAGCUGGUGUUGGCAAUCUGGGGCGUGUUAUGAAGAUAUCUCCAGCCUUACCCAUCAUGCUGCAGUCUGUGGUCGCCCCUUUGUAGUACCCAGCAUCUGUGAUCGGCUGGCUACGCCUUGUUCAGAAACUGGCAGUAGCACUGCCGUUGUUAUAGUAGCAAAGGCCACUCUUCUCCGAGAAACGGCCAGGACAACUGCCAUUUUUUCAGCAGAGUUGUAUGUUUACAUUCCAGUGAAGAACGAAACAAAGUAUGCAGUAUCUUCAAAAGGAAUUUAAUGUCUUGGUAAUCGGGUUACGUUUGAUAAAUAAAAAGAUAAGUUUUA